UCCAUGAGAGUUUUGGGGAUGAUAUGUGGAAGAAGUUUGAUUAUAAGGAGCUUGAUAAGCUUGAUUACCCAUUAAUAUAUUCCCUGAGAGCGGUAUAUAAUGAUAUUAAAUAUAAUAUUCGUAAUCUUAGGAUAAAUAAUAGAAGUAGUAUGAAGAUAAAAAUGAUGAAUGAUGAUAGGGAUGGCAUCAAUAGUAAAAAGAGAGCACGUAGUGAAUCUGACGAUGAUGAUUCCUCUGAUGACUCUAAAAGGGUCUCUGAUGACUCAAAGAGAGUCAAGUUGAAAUAA